UUCAAAUUAUCCACAAAUUUCUGUAUAAAAUAACUUAUUCCUUUACAUUUUACUUAUAAUAAAACUUUAAUAACGAUAAUAAUCGAGUUUAAUUUAAAUAAGUGUAGGCAUUCGUACGAAGAACAUUUACAGAUCACGUGCGGGUCAGAAAUUUUCAUAAAGUUUCGUGUUUAUUAUGAAAAGAAAUGUACAUGACUCGUUAAUACAAAAAAACAUAGUUUCACUGUGAAUUAUACGAUACAAUUUUAAGGAAACUUUCGAAUUAACUCAAGAAAUUUGAUACAAAGGGAUAAUUAAUCCGAUUAUCGUUUAAUUUUUCAAAUCCAGAUUGAUUGACUGUCUAAAGGUAUAACUUUUGAGAAAAUGAAACUCUCCGUAUAUUUUAGUUAUAUGCAAAAGCAUGGACUAUGCAAAAAUGCAUCUUUACCAGAAUUGGCUAUGGAAAACGAAUUGCUAACUGGUAAACAAUCCACGUUAAUAGUUGAUUUUUCUGGUAUUCAUAAGAUGGAAUACUUUAAUACGCAUUUAUCUUAUACGUGCAAUCACCACAUUUUUAUUGCACAGGUGAAAAGUUUUGUAAAUAAUCUUCGAAUUAUAAAUAUCGAACCACAAUUUUAUUUUAAAGGAGCAUUACAAGGUUUUAAAGAAAUUAGACAGAAUAAGCGCAUCAUUAACGACAAUAAAAUAGCCUGGAAUAUUUUGCGGUGGUUUAGAGAUAAUUUUAAAUUCAUUCUACAAUAUUAUGCUGACAACACACUCGGCAAAAUGUAUUCCAUUUUCAGCUACAUUUUAAAAUAUGAAUGUCAAUGUCACGUGUUGAUUGUAAGAGAAAAUUUCUUUUCAAAAUUAGCCACAAUAGCAAGAGAUGACGAUGCUUGUUUAGGAAUUCUCACGACGAAUGCAGAAUAUUUAAUAUAUGAUACAAAACCCAUCUUUCGUUUCACAGAUCUACAAUUUAAUUCAACGAUUACAGAAAUGUAUGACCCAAAUGAAUUCUUCACGAAGAUAAGUUUAAAUCGCUCUCAAUUAAAACUCUUAAGCUGUCUUCAGAGAGAACAACGUGGCAUUACAUUGGCAAAUUUAGAAAACGACAACGUAUUACAACUUGAAAAUACCAUAAAUGUCAUCAAAGAAAACAAGUGGAAUGGAAAUGAACAGGACAUGUCUUCUAUAUCAGAAAUCACCGGAAUAAGUGAAAACCUGCUACGGAAGAAAGUCAAAAUGUACGGUACGUCAGACACUGAUGUUGAUGAACUCUCCCACAAUAAAUUGUUAACUUACAUCGAGCAGAAAUGGACUCUGUGUGAAAUGCCUCCUAAAAUCUAUUUUCUGUUAAAGAAUCAAAAAUACAUUGAAAACCUAUAUUUAGGAGACUUUGCAGACCCGUCGUUACCAUUUUCCGUUUCCUUGUAUAGGACAAUGAGAAGAAAAAUGUAUCGUGUUCUUUUCAGAGGAGGAAAUGUUUAUAUAAUGGAGGUAUGGAUCUACAAUACAGUAAACAUGUGUAGGACUAGUUUAAUAUCAAGUUUUUAUAUGAAAUACAAUGAUUAUAUUCCACCUUUGGAACAUCUAUUAUCGGACGAAGAGUAUAUGGUACCCAUUCGAUGGAAAUUGUUUGCGUAUUGUUUGGGAACAAAUAUCACAAUUGAAACUCUUAGACAAGUGGAACCGACUCUACUUAGUUUCUGUUGUCUUGUAAAUUACAUGAUUAGAAACGGUGUGGUGCUGAAUAUAUGCGAAUUAAAUGCAUUAAUUCUACAGGCUAUCCUUGUUUCAAAUAACUGCGAUUCUUAUAAAGAUAAUGUGGUGUUGAACCCGAGACAUAUCCACUUGAGCAGAUUAUACGAGAGAGGGAUGUACAAUUUGAUGAACGUGUUAGCUGUGUGUGGAUUUCCAUUUUCGUUGGAACACGUGAUGCAUUGGAAGUGUUUUGACAUCACUGUUUUUAUAAAUGUAUAUAACGAACUAAUACAGGGGAUAACAACGAAUGUAAUUUGUGGAUUGAACAAUAUUGAUAUAUCAUUAUAUGAGUAUGUCCGUUUGUUAUGUAUAAACAACGUCAAACUUCGUAUAUAAUGAUCUGAGCAUUAUCUAAAUUUAAUUCCAUGUUUGAAACGAAGAAUUAUUUCGUCGGAUUUAGUGUCAAAUUUUUAAAUUUAUUAUCUGACCGAUUGAAAUUCGUUUUUUCUUUAUAGUAUAUAAUGUUAAAUUUUUAAAAAAUCUUGUUUUUAGUUUAUUUGUUUGGAAUUUUACAUCUGUUAUAAUAUCAUAAUGCAGAAUUGUACAGAAACUGUAAUUUAUAU